GCCGCCCCUAGUGAUCUCAGUGUGGGAUGAAGGUUUCUUACUUAUCCGAUUAACGAGCGGCGUUCCCCACCGGCAAGCUGUUCUCCACUCAACUGCUUCCAGCACGCGGCUUGAGCUGGACCAUCCAACUUUAGCCGGCCGAGCCUGGACCAUGAGACGAUGGGGGAGGAGGGUGCUAAGGACUUUGGGCCCGGAAUAAAGCCCGACGUCAACUUCCAAGACUCAAAUUGUUCUAGUUCAGCGGACCAAUACGCACUUCAGCCUGCUAGCAAUCAUGCGAGCAACGUGGCAGGGCCGUCCAAGAACAACCAAUCCCCCAGGACGGGUCCGCAGGCCUCCCAGUCCAGAAACUUCGAGUUUGUGCUAGUUACGGAUAAUGAGUCUCGGCGUCAAGUACGCCGUCAUGCUAUGCGUCAAUACAUGCAUCAGCGGCGUUUGGACAGCAUUGCUCGCCUAGGGCCAUCUCGUAUACCUGUUAGCGGUUGGACCACCCGUCCUCCGUCCGAUACUCAUGUAUCAAACACUUCUUCCCGCGUGGAAGAGGUACAAGAGGAGACUUAUGCAAAGGUCAAAGCAGAAUCUCCAACUAAGAACGAGGAUCAGAAUAAUACAGAACACACUAGAAGACCCUCACGGUUGCUGAUACCAAAACUGCACAAGGUUAAACGUGAGGAGGAGACUUCUCCUCCGAUUGCUAACUACACGACGUCUGACCCUUGCGCGUCUCCCGGAGAAGGAGGCAGGCGAGACCCCUUUAGCUGCUACCCGAUCUCAGUUAGCCACGUAGAUCAUGAAUUGAUCCAGCACUUUGUGGUGACUUAUCCGUCUAUGAUGUAUAAAUUCGCCGAAUCCAUUGCGAACAAUCCCUUGAUGGAGAUAUUCCGACAAUUCGCAUUACAUGAUGAACUUCCUUUUCAAGCCAUGCUUGCCAUUGCCUCUAAGCAUCGUGCGGGCGUAGAAGGAAAGGCGGAGUCUGUCCAAAGUCUCACCCACAAAAUGCGAGCGCUACGGCUAAUGAACGAGCGCAUCCAAGCAGACUCUAUGGGUCAGCAUGAUGGGACUAUCUACGCUGUGGCUACUAUGGCUGUUAUCGAGAAAUGGUCGAAGGAUGCCUCAAUAGAACGGAUGCACUUCAGGGGAUUAGCGUCGAUGAUCAAAAAUCGAGGAGGGAUGCAAGGAAUGCGAGCCUCGAGCCCUUUCCUGGAGAAAGUCUUAUACUGGGUUGAUUUCAGUUGCGCUCCAAAGGCGAUAUAUGGUACCUCGUUACCUUGGUCUGGAACCUUACCGGAUAGUCCUCCCGCUGGACUUGAUUUUGUCGACACUAACAUCCAUUUUGCUAUCCCCCAUCAUUUCGCAACAGAAGAAGGUGCAGAAAGCCUCUGUGAUCAACUCCGGGCAUGUGAAGAUUUCUUAAGAUUUUUCCGCCGCCUUCAUGAGCUGGAAUACACUGCACUUGAAUCACCUUCCAUCAUGGUAUCUAGCAAUACCGGUCACCGCAACAAGCGCUUUGGCCCUGGCACCCAGUUAUAUUCGAUCCUCACUAUGCUCCCAGACUACGACCAUGGGAUACGCGAUGUGCGGUUCAUUGACGAAUUCACAUGCAUGUCAUGUCUCUUCUUCCUGGCUGUUGCGUUAUACGAUUGUUACUCAACAUCUUCCAACUUCGACCGAUACCUUGACUGGCUGGACUUGGAGAUAAAAAAGCUCAACCCUUAUACGAACCCCAGCAUUACCUCCGUACUAUGGCUUUUCCUAAACAACGGUGGCUAUUCAAACGACCAUGCUUGCGACGCAGGAGAGAGAUGCUGGAUCGUCUCCCGGAUGAUCCGCAUCGCCAAACGUCUGGAAUGGAAACGACAGGGGACGAUCUGGGACCGUCUCCGGCAAGUCUUAAUAGAUUUCAUUCUAACACAACAGGAAUGUGCCCUUGGGACAGACCAAGUCGAUGAAGAAGCCCUCGCGGCUCGACAGCAGAAGCGCCGGCGAUCGGCCGAAUACUUCUGGAAUGAGGACGAAAUGCGCGAAGAUAUUCUGGACUUUGAUCUCAGAACUUUCACACCAUAUUCAGAGACAGAUGUACCAAUCCUUACAUGACUGGCAGACCUGAAUGCAGUGUUUUGCUAUAAAGUCAAUUUAUGAUACUAAUGAUGAUGACGAGUAUGAUUACGGUAACGGAUAUCAUGAGAAAAACUUGCCUUGCAUUUGGGCCUUUUUGGUUCAUCCUUUCCUUUUUUGCUAGCUGCAGAGGCAUUUGGUAUUUUCCUUUUGUUACUUCAUUUCAACAUUCACCCUCCGAAAUGAUACGUUCACGUCCCUUCAAACUGUUAUAUAUAUAGCUUAAUCCAUCAUGAUGUACAACGGCGUGGAGUCAAAGCAUAGGAAGGAAGAAUCAGUCUCUAGAGAUUAGUUGAAACCUUGUGAUAGCUUUACUCGAUCUACCAAUCAAUUAAUUACCCCUGGUCACGG